CCGUCACUUCCUCUUUCGUGUCGUUACUAAAACUCCGCCCUAUUCUAACUUGUGUCUCGUGAGAUUUAUUUUUAUUGGUUUAAUUUGGAAACUCUGAGGAGCUCAGGUAGGACAGCAGGCAGCUCGCAGUGUGAAAAUGGCCACACCAGGCUCUGGUGAUUCUGGACCACCCCGUACCCCUCAGCCUGGAGGUGGUGGCAGAGGUUCAGUGCUUGGCCGCAGGCUGCCUGCUGCUCUCUCUCCCGGUCGUCUCCCCACCAUGCGCUCAAGAGACCUCACACUGGGAGGUGUAAAAAAGAAAACAUUCACACCUAACAUCAUUGGUCGUAAAAGUAAAGAAGAAUUGAAAGCUGAUGAGGGACCCAGGAGAGAAAGGAAAGAUGCGGAUCGAGGGCGGCAGCGAGACGGGCGUGGCAGAGGUCGGGGUCGCCCAGAGGUCAUUCAGUCCCACUCUAUCUUUGAGCAGGGCCCUGCGGAAAUGAUGGCCAAGAGGAGAGGUGUAUAUGAUGAUGCAAGAGAAACGCCCAACACUGGCCCCUCCCCCAUCAUCAACAUUAAGAAGGAGAAGAGGGAGACUGAGGAGGAGACCAAAGAGAUUCUGCGCAAACUGGAAAGAGACAACUUUCUGGAUGAUCCCCAUAUGCGAAGCGAAGCGAGGAACUGUCCUGUGCAGCUGCCCCUGGCUGUGUCCGGCUGGGUCUUUAAGGAGGAGUUUGAGGAGGACACCAAGACGGGCCUUAAAAUGGAGAGCAGCUCUGGAGAUGCUGAACCAAUGAACACUGAAAGCUCUGGUGCCGCUGUUACAGUUAAACAAGAACCUCUUGACGUCCCUGAGAUGAAGAAGCCAGAACCCAUGUUAAAGCCACCCGUCAUAUCUGAGCCUGAUUCGCUGCCCGACCUGCUUGAAACAUGGAGUCAGUGCAAAGAGGAGGAGCUGCUCUUUAUGCAACUGCCUGAUUCACUGCCAGGUCAACCGCCUACCAGUGAUGUCAGACCAACAAAAACAGCUGUGCAGUCGGAGGACGGGCAGUCCAUGUUGCAAAAAACUGAAGACCAGCAGGAGGAGACUGAGGAGGAGAAUGUCUGCAACCUGAAGCACCUGCAGGAGGGUUUGGUGGGCAAGAUGCUGGUGAGGAAAUCGGGCAGAGUGCAGCUCAUCUUGGGGAAUGUUACGCUGGAUGUGGCUCUGGGGACCUCCUGCUCUUUCCUUCAGGAGUUGGUGUCAGUUGGAACAGAGGGCAGAAGAGGAGAUAUGUCUGUACUGGGCCACGUUAAACACAAACUGGUUUGUUCACCUGACUUCCAAGCCCUUCUGGAGAACAGAACUUGAGAUGUGUGUAGGUGUAUGUAUGUGUGUGUGUAUGUAUGUGUGUAUGUUCAUCUGCGUGGCUCCUUUAUUUGAGUUCUCAAAAGAUGUAUUAUUUAUGAGCACGAGACAAACUCAAAUUAUGUUUAUUUGAAUACAAGGAAUCCUGAGGCUAAAUAAGUUGGAAUGAUUAAAAUAAAAUUGAACACUU